UACCCAUAAAAUCUUCAGCAUUGAGUCCCAUUACAGACACACUCUUCUCUCUCCCUGAUGAGUAAAUUACUGUCAUUUGCGUUUCUCUUAAUACUGCUGCAAUUCUCAUCAGGCCAAGAGUACGAUGGAGUAAUCGUGACCCAAUCAGAUUUCCAAGCUCUUCAAUCCAUCAAAUAUGAAAUAAUUGAUCCAAAAGGUGUAUUAAAGAGCUGGAAUGACACUGGGUUAGGUGCUUGUUCAUGGUGGAUUGGAAUCAAGUGUGUCAAUGGACAAGUCAUUGCCAUACAGCUUCCAUGGAAGAGCUUGGGAGGAAGAAUUUCCGACAAGAUAGGACGGCUAUUAUCUCUCCGGAAAAUCAGUCUUCACGACAAUGCACUUUCCGGUUCUGUUCCAUUGUCUCUCGGUUUCCUACCAAAUCUCAGAGGACUUUAUCUCUUCAAUAACCGUUUUUCAGGUUCUAUUCCUAUGUCAUUAGCUCAAUCCACUUCUCUUCAAGCUAUUGAUUUGAGUAAUAAUAAGCUUACAGGAAACAUCAAUCUUGGAAACUCUACUGGAUUAUACAGACUCAAUUUAAGCUAUAAUGGUUUAUCUGGUUCUAUUCCUUCUUCUUUAACUCAAAUCUCAUCUCUGGUUUUUCUUUCUCUUCAUAAUAACAAUCUAUCUGGUUCUGUUCCUGAUUCUUGGGGUGGAAAUGGUGUCUAUCAACUCAAAACCUUGACCCUUGAUCAUAAUCGUCUUACUGGAGAAAUCCCAUCUUCUUUAAGCAAAUUGAACCUUCUUGAAUCACUUUCUUUGGAUUAUAACCUAAUUACUGGCACCAUACCUGAUGAACUGGGGAAUCUUUCAAAGAUUCAAUCUUUGAAUUUGUCUAAUAAUAAUGUCAGUGGAGAAAUUCCAUCUUCAAUUUCCAAAUUGCUAAAUCUGACUUCUUUCAAUGUUUCGUAUAACAAUCUUUCCGGCAGCGUUCCUUCUGUUCUUUCUAAAAAGUUCAAUUCAAGCUCAUUCGUGGGUAACAUUCAAUUAUGCGGUUAUAGUUCAUCUACUCCAUGCCCGUCUAUUUCCCCCUCUCCUCAAAUUCCCCCGUCUCCAUCGGUCGACGGUUUGAAACACGACCGUGACCACCGCCGCCGGCGGUUAAGCACUAAGGAUAUCAUUCUAAUAGCAUCCGGUGCUUUCCUUUUAGUUUUACUUCUAUUAUGUUGUUUCUUGAUUUGUUGUUUGGUAAGGAGAAGGGUAUUAUCAACCAAAGCAAAGAACUUGAAGAAGAAAUCUACUUCCCCUGUUGCUGGAUUAGGGGAGAAGGAUAUUCCGGCAGAGGUACAACAGGGAGGCGAAACAGGAGGAAAGCUUGUACAUUUCGAUGGCCCAUUUGUAUUCACCGCAGAUGAUCUUCUUUGUGCAACCGCUGAGAUCAUCGGAAAGAGCAGUUAUGGGACUGUUUACAAGGCGACCUUGGAGGACGGGAAUCAAGUGGCGGUUAAACGGUUGAGGGAGAAGGUUGCUAAAGGACAUAAGGAGUUUGAAUCGGAGGUUUCAAUUCUUGGUCGGAUUCGACAUCAGAACAUUCUUGCUCUUAGAUCAUAUUACAUCGGACCUAAAGGAGAGAAGCUUCUUGUCUAUGAUUACAUGUCUAAUGGAAGCCUUGCUUCAUUUCUUCAUGCACGAGGGCCUGAAACAAUAGUGACAUGGACAACAAGGAUGAAGAUUGCAAUGGGUAUUACAAGAGGACUCUGUUUUCUUCACAAAACAGAGAAUAUAGUUCAUGGAAACUUAACAUCAAGUAAUAUAGCCUUGGAUGAAGAAAACACACCCAAGAUUGGAGACGUUGCACUCUCGAGGUUAAUGACAGCAGCAGCCAAUACCAACGUUAUCGCGACAGCGGGUACAAUGGGCUACCGUGCACCUGAAUUAUCGAAGAUCAAGAACGCCAGCACGAAGACUGAUAUAUACAGUCUCGGAGUUAUAAUGUUGGAGCUUCUAACUGGGAAAUCGCCUGCUGAGGCAACUGAUGGAUCUGAUCUUCCUCAAUGGGUUGCAUCUAUUGUGAAGGAAGAGUGGACUAAUGAAGUUUUUGAUGUUGAGAUUAUGAAGGAAGCUUCUGAAUGUGGAGAUGAGUUGUUGAAUACUUUGAAAUUGGCUCUUCAUUGUGUGGAUCCUUCUCCUGUUGCUAGACCGGAAGCUCAACAGGUGCUGCAACAGCUUGAGCAAAUUAAGCCUGAGAUGGCUGCCGGUUCAGCUUCAACUGCUGCUGCUGCUGCAAUCUCUGGAGAUGAUGAAGAUGAUGAUGAAGAAGGUGGUGUUUGAUUAUUGAAGAGAUUAUUCAAAAUAUUAAAUUUGUUUUUUUAUUCAUAUAUAGAUGAUCUCCAUAUUUUAUUUUUUUAUUUUAAUCAUAAUUUAUUUCAUGUAUUCUUUUAAUUAGUAAUGCAAUAAUAAGAUGAACACCAUUUAUUUAUUUUAUUAAU